UAUUAAAGAAAAAAAAAGAGUGAUUAUAUAUAUAUAUAUAUGACAAACCAAAGCAUGGUGGUUUCGGAUGCAAAAACAGGGUUAACCAUGGGUAUAAGUACAGUUACCCGACCCGACCCGGCUUUGUUCUCAUCAGCAAAGCCUCUGGUUUCACCAAAUGGAUACUUCUCCAGAAAGAAGUUGGUCAAGAAGCUCGAAAGUUGCGGAAACGGGGCCCGUUUGCUCGACUCUAUGCGGGCUUCUUCCCCUACCCGUACCAGGCUCAACGAUACCGACCCGGAUCCAAAUUCUUGGACUGCUCAUCAUCCAUCAGCUUUGAGCAUGUUUGAGGAAAUAAUGGGUGAGUCAAAGGGGAAAGAAAUAGUAGUGUUUCUUGAUUAUGAUGGCACUUUGUCUCCCAUUGUUGAGGAUCCCGAUCGCGCUUUCAUGACGACCGAGAUGAGAGAAGCUGUGAGGGACGUGGCGAAGUUUUUCCCGACGGCCAUUGUGAGCGGAAGGUGCCGAGCUAAGGUUUAUAACUUCGUAAGAUUGUCGGAGCUUUAUUACGCGGGUAGUCACGGAAUGGACAUCAAGGGACCUGCGAAAGGACCUAGAAAAGGAAAUAAAACAGUCCUCUGCCAGCCUGCCAGAGAAUUUCUGCCUAUGAUUGAUGAGGUAUUCAAGUCUUUAAUAGAAAAAAUGAAGCACAUACCAGGGGCCAAAGUUGAGAACAACAAGUUUUGUCUGUCGGUGCACUAUCGCUGCGUCGAGGAAAAGAGAUGGGGUGAGUUAGCCGAAAAAGUAAAAUCGGUGAUGAGGGAUUAUCAAGAGCUGAGAAUGAGUCAAGGGAGGAAGGUUCUAGAAAUUCGACCUACGAUUAAAUGGGACAAGGGAAAUGCAAUUGAGUUCUUGUUGGAAUCUUUAGGCUAUGCAGAUUCCGACGAUGUUUUGCCCGUUUAUAUAGGCGACGAUCGCACCGAUGAAGAUGCAUUCCAAGUUUUGCGCAACAGAGGACAAGGUAUAGGGAUUCUAGUAUCGAAAACUCCUAAGGAAACAAACGCUUCGUACACUUUGCAAGAACCAUCGGAGGUUAUGCACUUCCUCAAACGUUUGGUGGAGUGGAAGAAAACAACUUGUCGUCCCUACUGCUAAUUAUUGUUUAACGCAUUAUUAAUUAUUUAAUUAGCAUUUCAGGGUUCUUAAUCCUUUUAUAAUUAUAUAUUAGCUUGUGUGCUAAGUGUUAACAUAGAGGAUAUAUACUAAUUAACUAACCCUGUCCUGAUGUUUUAUUAGGGGUUUGGGUUUGAAUUUAUAUGUAUUCUUUAUUGUAUUAUUUCCCAAAGGGAGUGUGUUUUUUUGUAUUUAAUUCCUUGCUACUACAAAAUUAAUGCUAUUUUAAUCAUGA